CGUUCCUCGAGACGGCGGAGGCACGUGCUGGGGUCCGAGCGGUGACCGCAGCGAUGGCGUCGUUACUUUGGAAAGGCGAUCCGGGGGCGGCGGAGAGCGAACAUGUAAACAGCCAUUUUUCAAACCUCAUGCUCCACCAGAAGGACCCUCAGGAUAUGAAGACUACCACAGUCCCAGACCUAGAUUUCUCCAUUCAUAACGCAGAGGAAGAUGAAGAAGACGUAGUGGAUUUGGCAGCUAAUUCACUCUUAAACAAGUUGCUCCGGCAGUCCUUAGUAGAAUCCAGUCACAAAGUGGAAGUCUUACAGAAGGAUCCCAAGUCUCCACUCUACUCCGUGAAAACAUUCGAAGAGCUGCGGCUAAAGGAAGAGCUGCUAAAAGGGAUCUAUGCAAUGGGAUUUAACAGGCCGUCCAAAAUCCAAGAGAUGGCUCUCCCCAUGAUGCUGGCGCACCCACCCCAGAACCUCAUAGCCCAGAGCCAGUCCGGAACAGGAAAAACAGCCGCCUUCGUCUUGGCGAUGCUCAGCAGAGUUAACGCCCUGGAUCUGUUCCCACAGUGCCUCUGCCUGGCUCCAACUUACGAGCUGGCUCUGCAGACGGGCCGAGUGGUCGAGCAGAUGGGGAGAUUCUGCGUGGACGUUCAAGUGAUGUACGCCGUGCGCGGGAACCCAAUUCCCAGAAGCACCGACCUCACCAAACAAAUCAUCAUCGGCACCCCCGGGACUGUCCUGCACUGGUUUUUCAAACGGAAAUUAUUCGACCUGACCAAGAUUCGUGUGUUCGUCCUGGAUGAAGCAGAUGUGAUGAUUGACACCCAGGGAUUCUCUGAUCAGAGCAUUCGAAUUCAGAGGGCUUUGUCCCCCGGGUGCCAGAUGCUCCUCUUCUCCGCAACCUUUGAGGACUCGGUGUGGCAGUUCGCGGAGCGGAUCAUUCCGGACCCCAACGUGAUCAAGCUGCGCAGAGAGGAGCUGACCCUGGACAACAUCCGCCAGUACUACGUGCUGUGCGAGGAGCCGAAGGACAAGUACCACGCCCUGUGCAACAUCUACGGCGGCAUCACCAUCGGCCAGGCCAUCAUCUUCUGCCAGACUCGUAAAAGUGCCAAGUGGUUGACAGUGGCGAUGAUACAGGAUGGCCACCAGGUGGCUUUGUUGAGCGGAGAGCUGACUGUGGACCAGCGAGCGUGCAUCCUUCAGAGUUUCCGGGACGGGAAAGAAAAAGUUCUCAUAACCACCAAUGUCUGUGCUCGAGGGAUUGAUGUGAAGCAGGUCACGAUUGUUGUGAACUUUGACCUCCCCGUGAACCAGCUGGAGGAGCCGGACUACGAGACCUACCUCCACCGCAUCGGGCGGACCGGGCGCUUUGGGAAGAAAGGGCUCGCCUUCAACAUGAUCGAAGUGAAUAAGCUGCCCCUGCUCAUGAAGAUCCAGGACCACUUCAACAGCAGCAUCAAGCAGCUCGACCCGGAAGACCUGGACGAAAUCGAAAAGAUUGGGUAUUGAAGGAAGAACUUUGUCACUUGUGGCAUUUCCUAGUUUAUGGGAAAAUAUCCCAGUGGGGUUUAAAGUUUUGUGGUUUUUUUUUUUAAUGUGGAGGUUUUUUCAAUAUGAAAGUGCUGCUUAUGGCAAAAAUAAAUGGGGCAGCCUUAGUAUUAAGGACCUGACGUCUUUUUGAAACCAAACUGAUGUGAAGCACAUGAUACUUUUGAAUAAAGAGGCAACACUAUUUCUUAUUCUAA